UAUAAUACAAACACUAUUAUUUUUUAAAAUUAACCCUCCCACUGCGGGACAUUUGACUGACCAAGCAACCGGUGUUCAGGGAGUGUGGAACCUCCUCACAAUACGCGCCGUCUUAAGAAUCACUGCCUUCUGUAUCCGAUAAUUAAAUGUGAUUAUUAUUAAUCCAGAUCGACAAGAAUCAAUAAUAAUAAUCGGGACUUGGAACAGGAGUUUUCAUUCAAUUUAAAUUGCUUACAGCUUAGUCAUGUUUAAUUAAAAUUGCCCGUAAUAAAAAAGUCUUCAUCACGAACCAUAAAACAAAAUAGUCGUUUAGAAAAAAGAGAAGUGAACAUUUCGAAUUAAACGAAUGGCGCCACUGACCUCUAGAAUGGCGCCAAUCUAGCGCCAAUACUAUGCAUGCUGGUGAUUAAAAAUAGUGCCACUAAAUGUCAAUCAGUAAAUCGUUCCAAUUUCGAAUAGCAAACAAACGACAGUACUCAUGACGUUGCGAGGGAGCAAUUUUGUAUUUAUUGUGAAUUAUAUUAUUUUCGCGCCACGUGAUUUUUAAGUGAAAAAUGCUACGAAAUUAAGGGUGAAGUACUUAUAAGCCGACGCUGGUGAGAAUAUUUGAAGAGGUACCUUCUUGAUGAAAGCUGGAAAACUACCCUCUAUCUUGAACAGCGAAAUGAUAUGUGUGAAAAUCUAAUUACAAAUUUUCCAAUAGUAUUCUUGUAACAAAAUAGACGGACUAAACAUACGAAUAUUUAAUCAUUGUUUUGUUUAUAUUCAACUGUACGUAACUUAAUAAGUUCUUUAUGGUUAUAUAAGUUUACAAUUUUAUAUAUUUGUUUCUAUUGAUAUAAGCUUUCAUCAAACCUCUUCAAAGUUUUCGCCAAGCUUUCAUAGCAAUAGUACGAAAAUGGGCAGCAUAGCUCGAAACAAAGGCCAAGUGUACAGUGUUGGCAACUAUUUGAUGACUGGAAAAUUACUGGGAAAAGGACAUUUUGCGAGAGUGGAAGAGGCCACGCAUAGGCUUAUAGGGAAAAAGGUGGCGAUCAAAGUGAUAGACUUGACAUGCAUCAAGGAGGAGUACGCCCGGCGGAACCUGCACCGCGAGCCGCGGGUCAUGGCCAAGCUGCGCCACCCGUGCAUCGCGGCGCUUUACGAAACUAUGAUGCACGGGCCGCGGCUGUACGUGGUGAUGGAGGCGGCAGGUGGCGGCGACCUGUGCGCGCUUGUACUGCGCACGCGAGGACUGCCCGAGGCGCGUGCGCGAGUCCUCGCCGCGCAGCUCGUGUCCGCCGUGCGCCACAUGCACUGCCGCGGCGUGGUGCACCGGGACCUGAAGAUGGAAAAUAUUAUGCUGGAUAGUACAAGGCAAUUCAUCAAAAUAGUUGACUUCGGUCUGUCGAACGUGUGGAGCGCGGGCGGGGCGCUGCGCACGCCGUGCGGCUCGCUGGAGUACGCGGCGCCCGAGCUGUUCGUGGACGGCCGCCGGUACGGGCCCGAGGUCGACCUGUGGAGCAUAGGAGUGAUAGUGUUCGGCAUGGUGACGGGCGGGCUGCCGUUCGCGGGCGGCGCGGGAGGGGGCGGUGCGGGGGGAGCGAACGGCGCGCGGGGAGCGGGCGGCGCGGGCGAGGGCUCGUCGCGCCCGCAGCUGCGCGCCGCGAUCGCUCGCGGCUUCUCCGGGAAACAACGCCUGGCGCUCGCUUGCUUCUCCGCCGAAUGCAAGACGUUCGUCCAGCACCUGUUGGAGCCCAACGUAGAGGCGCGCAUGGGUAUCGAGGAGGCGGCGCGCCACCGUUGGCUGCGGCGCCCCGGCCUGCGCCUGAAGUCGCAGCCGCUGCCGGACCUCGACGCCAAGGCCAACAGAGAGAUAUACAGGGAGGUGUCGGAGCGCUGCGGGCGGUCGCCGGCGGAGGUGGCGGCGCACGUGCGCGCUGAGCCGUUCGGUGCGCUGGGCGGCAUGUACAACAUCCGCUGCCAUUGCGCGCAGCUGCAAGCGGCGGGCGCCGAGCCGCUGUGGGCCGGCGCGCGCGACCCCAGCCCGCCCUGCUGUGCCUCUGCCGACAGUGGGCGAGCGAACACACCGGUCUCCAGCCGCCAAAGUUAUACUCCAGUGCGAUUAAGACAAAACGAAAUGUCAUCAGAAGCGAUCAAGCCAACGUUACCCAAAAUGAUAGUGCCACACAAAAUAGACACGCUAUCUAUAUACCAGGGGUACAUAGCGCCACACAAAACUGAAUCUAAAACCGUACUGAGUGACAAGACGAGGAGUCCAAUAAUUCAAAGCAGACCACUGUGCUUACACGGUUUGAGCAAGCCAGUUUUCAAGGUAUACGACAACGGGGACUGUGUAGACCCCCGUCUGCCCAGCAUCGACGAACAUUCCAACAGUCCUGACCAGGACAAGCGGCGCAGCAAGCUGGUGAGGCGGGCCAGCCUGGACGAGCCGCUCGGCUGCCUCGCCCGGGGGGAGGAUAGGCCAGACUGCUAUAGACGAGCCGGGAAUGGCUUACCUAGUUGGCGAGGCGCGUCGAGUACACCGUCGGCGCGUAUUCUGCUGCAGAGCAACGCUACUACUAUCAAAAGGGCUUCUUUGGGAAACAUCGCGAGUCCGCAUUCAUCAUCCAACAGCCACUGUAAGAGUGACAGGACGAUGCCGAUCGGCUGGUACACCACCCGCACGAUGCACCGCGAGGCGCAUUUACAACGCAUGCGACGCACCGCCUCCUUGACCACCAAAUAGUGACAGGCGACAUUGUUUAGUGGGCGUGACGUCAUCAGGCAAAAUGGAUUCUUUAUUCAAAAGAAUUAACAUUAUUAAAUUAACAAGUCGUUAGUUAUUUUUACGAUUAAAUUGCUCUCUGAAUUCCAUUGUAAUAAUCUAUCCUAAUGGUCUAAGAGCUGGCAUUAGAAAUAUAUAUACUCAUCUGUUAUUCAUUAGUGCUAUGAAAUAAAUGAUAGAUAAUGUUCAUAGUGAAACAUUGCAAAUAGGUUGGCUAGUUAAAUUGUGGCCAAACACAUUUUUCUACAACCUAAUACAGUUAAAUUGAGCAUAAAAAAAGCUUUCAUUUAUCAUUUAUAUAAAUGAUUUCAUUUAUAUUUCUUUUCAUUAUUAGACGACUAAAUAACUGAUGAGGGUAUAUAAAUAACAUUACUUACUGUUUAUACCUGGCAACCCAACAGUUUCAGUGUGAA